AUGCGUCGUUUCGCAUCCCGAGCUGCUGUGGCUUCCUCCCAUUUCUCGCCCUCGCAACGAUCAGCCAGCGCUCUGUUGGGUUCUUCGUCUCCAGCACUCAGAAUGGCUCCCUCGAAGAACAGCACCCACUCGGCCUCGGCCGCCGCCGUGAGGAGGAUACACGCCACCGCUCAGCACCUUCGUCCCGCCGGAACCGCCUCGGCCUACGGCCUGGCCAGCACGGCGACCAACUUCCCCACCACGCACGAGAAGCUCCAGACGGCGUACGACACCCCCUGGUUCGUCAACAACGAGUUCGUCAAGUCGGCCACCUCGCAGUACAUUGACCUGCACGACCCGGCCACGAACGAGUUAAUUACCCGGGUCCCGCAGAACACGGACGAGGAGCUAAAGGCUGCGGUGGCGGCGGCAGAGAAGGCGUUCAAGAGCUGGAGUGCGACGAGCGUGCUGCACAGGCAGCAGAUCAUGUUCAAGUUUGUGGGGUUGAUUAGGGAGAAUUGGGAUAGGUUGGCGGCGAGCAUUACGCUGGAGCAGGGGAAGACGUUUGCGGAUUCGAAGGGGGAUGUGCUGAGGGGGUUGCAGGUUGCUGAGGCGGCUUGCGGGGCGCCGGAGUUGUUGAAAGGGGAGGUUUUGGAGGUUGCGAAGGAUAUGGAGACUAGGACUUAUAGGGAGCCGUUGGGGGUUGUGGCUGCCAUUUGCCCUUUUAACUUCCCAGCUAUGAUUCCGCUUUGGUGUAUCCCCGUGGCGACCAUCACGGGCAACACGCUCAUCCUCAAGCCCUCAGAGCGCGACCCCGGCGCGGCUAUGAUCCUCGCCGAGCUCACCAAGAAGGCGGGCUUCCCCGAGGGCGUGGUGAACAUUGUCCACGGCGCCCACCGCACAGUCAACUUCAUCCUCGACGAGCCCGCCAUCAAGGCUGUCAGCUUCGUCGGCGGCAACAAGGCGGGCGAGUACAUCUUCUCACGCGGCUCCGCCAACGGCAAGCGUGUCCAGGCCAACCUCGGGGCCAAGAACCACGCUGCUGUCCUCCCAGACUGCAACAAGAACCAGUUCCUCAACGCGGUGGUCGGUGCUGCCUUUGGCGCCGCGGGUCAGCGCUGCAUGGCCUUGUCGACUCUUGUCAUGGUGGGCGAGACGAAAGAGUGGCUUCCCGAGCUUGCCGAGCGGGCAAAGGCUCUUCAGGUGAAUGGUGGGUUUGAAGAGGGCGCUGAUUUGGGGCCUGUCAUCUCCCCUCAGAGCAAGGAGCGUAUCGAGGGUUUGAUCGCCUCGGCCGAGGAAGAGGGUGCCACUAUCCUUCUUGAUGGGAGGGGCUUCAAGCCACCCAAGUACCCCAACGGCAACUGGGUCGCUCCUACCAUUAUCUCCAACGUCACCAAGGAUAUGAAGUGCUACAAGGAGGAGAUCUUUGGCCCUGUCCUCGUUUGCCUCAACGUUGACACGUUGGACGAAGCAAUCGAUCUGAUCAAUGAGAACGAGUACGGCAACGGUGUUGCCAUCUUUACGAGGAGCGGUCCCACGGCCGAGACGUUCAGACGCAAGAUUGAGGCUGGUCAGGUCGGGAUCAACGUCCCUAUUCCUGUGCCCCUCCCCAUGUUCAGCUUCACGGGCAAUAAGAAGAGCAUUGCGGGCGGCGGCGCAAGCACGUUCUACGGGAAGCCGGGGAUCAACUUUUACACGCAGCUCAAGACGGUGACGGCCAUGUGGAGCGCCGAGGAUGCGAUUAGCAAGAAGGCGGAUGUGGCCAUGCCUACUCAUUCUUAGGCUUGUUCUUGGGGGCGAUGGGAAAAUGUGGUUUUGCAUGUCUUUGGUUUAUAUAAAGUUGAAAUGUUUUAGCAGGCAAAAGAGGAAAUAUGUAGAAUGAUUGAUGGAUGAUUUAUACAAUUGUCAUAAAGACAUGAAAUAUUAUUGAGCCAAUCCCUUC